UUGGAGUAAUUCUCUUCGUCUGGUACACGUUUCACUUUCUUAGAUUGCCGAUAUUCGAAAAGACGCCUAACAAUGUGGAUCACGUCGAAAUUUCUUGCCGUGGGCAGCAUUUGCAUCCUGUUCUCAUGCAUCGUACACGCAGUAGUCGUGAAAAAAGAAAACUCUCUAAACGGACCGUAUGAAGGUCGGGCCGAAAAUCUUCAGUAUUGGGAUUUAACCGGAAAUGCACAGCUUGGUGAAAAAUAUAUUCGUUUGACUACAGAUGAGCCAAACAAACAUGGAGCAAUAUGGAACAAUUUCCCUGUGUUGAGCAAAGAUUGGGAGUUCCAAGUACAGUUUCAAAUCCAUGGCAAAGGAGUCCAUUUGAACGGAGAUGGACUGGCUAUCUGGUACGUGCGAGAUGCGCUACAUUCAGGCCCGAUUUUUGGAUCGAAAGAUUACUUUAGCGGACUUGGCUUAUUCGUUGACACUUUUGACAAUGCAGCAACGCCUCAUCAACAUCGUCAUCCUUACAUAUCUGCAGUGGUUAAUGAUGGAUCUUUUCCUUAUGAUCACGACGAACAUGGAACUCAAGGUCAAAUUGGAGCCUGCCAUAUCCCUGUUAGAAAUUUGGAGCAUACAGUCAAGGUUGCCGUUUCAUAUAUGAAUGAUGCUUUAACGGUUUUCUUUGAUGCAGAAGGACUAGGCCAGUGGAAACCUUGUUUCAGGGCUGUUGGAGUUCAUUUACCAUCUGGAUACCACUUUGGAAUUUCAGCCAGUACAGGGCAAUAUUCGGAUAACCACGAUGUUAUCUCCGUCACCAGUUUGAACUUAGAUUCUCCAGAUAAACCAUACGUUGAUAGAAGCAAUGUUAUUCCACUAGCUGAAUUUAUUGAGGUUCCAAUAAAACCGCUCAAGGAAGUUGUGGAAGAAGGACCAGAAACCAAAGAACCAAGUGGCACAGAAGAAAUUAUUGAUGACGGAGGUCAAUCGACUUCACUAUUAAAGAAGGCCAUUUAUAUUGGAGGCAUUGCAGUCAUACUUAUUGUAAUAAUAUCAUUAUACAAAAAAUACAGCGCUCAAAGAAAAGAGCGGAUGCAAAAAAGACUCUUUUAAAUAAAGAAAUAUUUAUAAAUUUUAUAAUUUUUUAAAUAAACUGAUUUCAACAUUUGA